GUGCCAAGCUGCUGUAAUUUAGCGGGCUUAUAUACCUGUUCCUGUUUCUGGCUCCAGGCUGCUCGUAAUUUGGUUGAUGGGGAAACUGCUUGGCACGCAAUAGAUGUUAUUAGUAGCCCAUGAAACACCUGAAGAAAAAAAGAUUCGAAUAGCAAGUGGGGCUGCUGCAGGAAGUAGAGUUCCUAAGAGAGACCGAGGUUGCCCUUAAUACACCCCAAAGAGAGAAGUGUGAGACGCGGAGUGAAUAUAUAUUCGGUGGAUGAUGGAGGAGCAGGAGGCGGCCCCUGGCCAGUGAGAGGUGACCUGUGACGUCAGGAACACGUCCACCUUAGCUACUACGUACUCGCCAGUGUCUCUUCUGCUCCUCCACUCUCUCUCUCUUGGCAGGACCUAGGCUCGUUCAACUUGGGAGAGAAGACGAAAGAAAAUAAAUCCGAGUCCACUCCGACAAAGCAGGAACACUUUGGAAAAUGUAAUCUUUGUAUGUGAUGGAUCCCAGCUUGAAUCUGUUUACAGAUCCACGUAUGUUUGGAGGAAGCAUGAUGCAGGAAUAUUAGUUAAAAGUACACAGAAUGCAAGAUGUUUUUCAGGAGCUAUGAAGCAGAAACUCUGUGCUUGCUUGGAUCAACUGAAAUUUAUACGAUAUUUAUACUUUGGUUGAUUUAGUUUGGUUUGAGACGGAGUCCUUUAUUAGAACAAGUCAUGCUUCCUCGAUUGCUUAUAAGAGGACUGGCAGAAAAGCACCGUGCAAGCACAAAUGUGCUUGCUGCUCAUCUGAGGUAUUCUCAAGAGCACUACCAUAGCAACUGGGAGCAACAAAGAAGGCAUAAACGCCAUGUGGCAGCUACCCUUAUUGGGGCAGGGGCUGGUGUCGCUCUCUGGCUCAACUUUAACCGUCAAGCAGAUGCUGCCAGUUCACUCACGGAAACAGACAAGGACCUGGACAAAUUUGGAGCUUACCAGAAUGGAUUACCCGAGUACACUCAUGAUGACGUAUCCAAGCAUACCACCAUGAAAGAUCGUGUAUGGGUAUCAUACCGUCAUGGAGUGUAUGAUAUUACUGACCUUAUUCCAAAGCACCCAGGUGGAGAUACAAUUAUGAUGGGUGCUGGUGGGUCUGUGGAGCCUUUCUGGGCACUGUAUGCAGUUCACAAGAACCCGCAUGUUUUAGAAUGGUUCGAGACUUACAGAAUAGGAAAUUUGGCUCCUGACGAUGUUGGUGCCUCAGUCAAAGAUAUGAGUGAUCCGUACAGCAACGAGCCAAGAAGGCAUGUAACACUGAAGCCUUCUUCUAAGAAACCUUUCAAUGCAGAGCCACCUGUAUCUUUACUGGUGGAUAAUCUAAUCACUCCCAAUGAGCUGUUUUAUGUGCGAAAUCAUCUGCCCGUUCCGGAUGUUGAUGAAGCAAAUUAUGAACUGGAGAUAUAUGAUGAAGGCACACAGAAAGAGAAGACCUUCAAACUUGCAGAUAUUAAGAAAUACCCAAAAUAUACCAUCACUGCUGCUAUUCAAUGUGGUGGUAACCGGAGAUCAGAGAUGGCCAAGGUAAAGCCAGUGAAAGGCUUGAGUUGGGGCCAAGCUGCUAUUGGAAAUGCAACUUGGAGUGGGACACGCCUUUGUGAUGUUUUGAAAGACAUGGGUGUUCAGGAAGGUAAAACCAAUGCUCUGCACAUUCAGUUUGAGGGCUUAGACACUGAUCCUGCCAGUAUGCCUUAUGGUGCAAGUAUUCCCAUUGAGAAGGCAUUAGAUCCUCAUGGGGAUGUUAUUCUGGCAUACGAGAUGAAUGGAGAGCCUAUUUCUCGAGAUCAUGGUUAUCCUCUUCGUGUUAUUGUGCCUGGAGUUGUUGGAGCUAGACAUGUUAAAUGGCUUGGAAGAAUUAUUGUAUCGAAAAAGGAAUCUGAUGCACAUUGGCAACAAAAUGACUAUAAAGGAUUUGCACCAAAUGUAGAUUGGGAUACAGUUGAUUUUACUAAGUCUCCUGCAAUUCAAGAACUUCCAGUCAUCUCUGCAAUUUGUGAUCCUGUAGAGGGAGAGAAAGUUAAAGUUGUGGAUGGCAAAAUUAAAAUUAGAGGGUAUGCUUGGAGUGGAGGAGGUAGAAAAAUCAUCAGAGUUGAUGUUUCUGGUGAUGGUGGAAAGAACUGGCAAGAAGCUGAUGUGUUGGAGUCCGACGACAACCGCCACCCUCGGGCCUGGGGCUGGACUCUAUGGUCUGCAGAAAUACCUGUUCUUAAUAAGGGGUCAACGACACAGGUUUGUGUCAAGGCAGUUGAUUCUCAAUAUAAUACACAGCCAGAGAACUUUGAGAAUAUAUGGAACCUCCGUGGAGUCCUGGCCAAUGCUUAUCACAGAGUAAAUAUUACAUUAGUAAAAUAGGUGCAGUAUGUUGGAGAACCUUCUAGAAAUAUAGUAAAAUAAUUAUAAUUUAGAAGACUAAAAUGCACAAUACAAAUCAUAUUAUAUUCUGUAAUAGUACUGUAUCCUUUCAUGUGUAUAAAAUGUGAGUUGUAAUGUAUAAAUGUUAAAAGCUUUAAGUCUGGCAAGUGUACAAUUUUUCAAGCAGAAAAUAUAUUUCCUUUGAGAAGUACUUUAUUAAUAAACAAUUGUGUACACUAGGGUGUUUCAUGUCUAUAGGGUAAAAUGUCAAGUUAAAGAAAUUAUUUUAUUGCUUUUGCAGUGCAAAAUAUAUUUAGUUGAAAUAUGUGAGAAUUACAGUACUUGUUUAUGAAUAAAAAAUGACAUGAGCAUUGUAAUAACACUGGUACAAUAAUUAUGAGCAAAUCUGUAGGGGCCAUGUGAUGAGGGUUCGAAGCUGUGCUCUGGGUGUUCCCCGGCACACGCUCUAGACAACUAGGGCAUGACAUGGUCAAUAGGAUUGUAACCUGGGGUACUACCAUGUUAUGGCAUAGUUGUCUAGAGCGUGUGCCUAGGAACACUCGGCGCAUAGGUUCGAACCCUCAUCGUGGCUUGUACAGAUUUGCUCAUUGAUGCAUCAUGGAAGUGUUAUUACUCAAUAAUAAUAAUAAUAUAAAUAAUAGGAUUAUUAUUUAUUUGCACAAAGAAGUUGUAUUAGCAUGAUGUAUCGAUGAAAGUCGGUAUUGGGAGUACCCAGAGCCAAGGUUUGAAUACUCAUGGCUCCUGAUUUUUCUCAUUACUGUAUUAAGAUAUAAAAGAUCAGUUACAGUGGUUACUUGGUAAGUACAGUAUUUGUAUCUUUUAUAAAGGCAUGAGUUACAUGCAGCAUUUCAUGCAUAACAUGGUGAAUUGAGAUUUAAGUUUAUUGGGGGCAAUGCCUAAUACUGUAGCUCACUUUCAUAUAUUAUAUAGUAUUACUAAUACAUGUGAAUUCUUAAAUUUAGUGAUGUUAUGGCUUUAAAAAUUGCUUUAAUAAUAAAUUUGAUUGUUGAGUAAACUCUUAAUAUCUGAAGUAUUUUAUAGCUGUACUUUGUGUGUAAAUUUGUUCCCAUUUGUUGCCUUUAUAAAACUUAGAUUCACUUUGUUAAUCAUAUUCUUGGUAAGACGUGAUACAUUUUGAGUGCUCUUGUUGGGUAUUUUAGGAGCAAUAGACAUUUACAGGACAGCAUGCAGUGAUUGGUGAUCAUGUAUGUAAGAUCAUGUAUGUAAACAGUUACUAUAGUGUAAUUUGCCAUUGUUACAUUCUAUGUUGCUUUUAAAACUUUUGUUGAGAAGUUUGACACUACCAUUUUUGACAUUGGCCUACAUUAUUUAAAUAAAUUUUACAAAAAAUUGGGAAUUGUGGUAGUGUGGCUCAAAAUAUGAAAUGCUGACCAAUUUAGGCAAUUAUGAAUAUGGGUAAAUGGCAUUUAUUAUAAAAAAUAAAUAAAAUAAAAUGUUUAUUUAGGUAAGGUACAUGCAUACAAUAAAUUUUUACAAAGAUUGGUUGACUUAUAGGUAGAGCUAGUAUAUACAAUGCCUAAAGCCAUUAUUGACGGUAUGGGUCCAUAUUGGUAGUAUUAAGUGGAUGUCCUUGGGUAAUUCUGUAACAAGAUUCCAUGACAGUAACAAGCACUAUGCUGCACAGUGUAGUAGCAAACUUUGGUGAGUUUUAGUUCAGUUCUUGCUCCAUUGUAUAUACAUAUAGUUCAGAAUAUUUUCUAAAAAUAGUAAAUAUUAGUUCCAAAAAUAUAAUAUAUUUUAAUGUAUUCC